AUGGAUGGCUCACAGACCCCGACUUCAGCGACUUACGUUGUGUCACGCUCACGCGGGACACAGCCAGGUGAUUCCCUCUACCUCGCCAAGCUCAGAGAGAGAAGGAAAGCCAAGGGGCAGGCGAGGUCUUCAGAUGAAUCUGAAUCUGAAGAUGAGACCGAGCCAGGUGCUGUGGUUUUGCACAAGAUGUUCAACCGCAAAGUCGUCCUCCACCCUGAUGAUACUGUCGUCAAAUCCGGGAAACGCAUAGAAAUGGGAGAAGCCGAUGCCCUCAGAGCCGCCGCCCUCGCUGGGAUCCCGGUGCCGGCUGUACACGACGCCAACACGGCUCCGGAUGGCCAAGUUCAGAUACGGAUGGGAUAUGUUCAAGGACAAAGUCUCAACACGUUAUGGCCUGAACUGUCAGUCGAUCAGAAAAAGGACAUCGCUCGCCAGCUUCGGGUGAUUGUCGAAAAGAUGAGAGCUAUGGCUCCUCCUCAGGGCCUCAUCAGUGCUUGUGACGGUAAACAGAUACGAGAUACCAGAGUCCACUUUACGUACCAUUCCCCACCAUGUCGCGACGAAAAGGCCUUCAAUGAGUUUUUGUUAUCAGGCCUCUACGAAGAUACUCCCCCGCUGGUACGAGAGGCGCUUUCUCGGCGGCUACGAACCGAUCACCGCAUUGUCUUUACUCACUGUGACCUUACCCCCAGGAACAUCUUGGUCCAAGACGGAAAGAUACAGGGUCUCGUGGAUUGGGAGGAUAGUGGCUGGUAUCCUGAAUACUGGGAGUAUGUCAAGUUCUUCCAGAGGACGGCUGAUAAGGACUGGAAGCAGUAUGCUGAGGAUAUUUUCCCUGAAUUCUAUCACGACGAGUUGGUCGAGUUCAUGGCAAUGUCAAAAUGGCAGAAUUCAUAG